AUGGAUGCCAGAGACAAGCAGCUUUUACGCUCCCUGCGCCUGGAGCUCUGCACAGAGGUGCUGGUGGAUGGAGUUGUUAUUCAGUAUCUCUACCAAGAAGGGAUUCUCACAGACAGUCAUGUUGAAGAAAUAAAAUCCCAAACCACCAGUCAGAGGAAAACCAUGAUGCUCCUUGAUAUUCUCCCCACCAGAGGACCCAAGGCUUUUGAUGUGUUCUUGGAUUCCUUACAGGAGUUCCCAUGGGUUAAAGACAAGCUGAUGCUGAAGCGUAAGGAAAUGACUGUACAAGAACCUGCAGUGUCAGUGUGCUUUGCGUGA